GAUACACAGCUCAAUAUUUUUUUUUUUUCAUAAGGUUUUUUUUCUUCUAAUCUUGUGUCAAUAUCAGUCUAAUUAUUUUCAUGAAUUGCGCCUAUUGAAUAACUUUCAAAAUAUCUUAAAAGCUUAGAUAAUAUUUUCCCAGUGCGACAGUCCAGGCCACAACAUAUGACCUUUGUACACAUUAAUAAACGGACGUAAGGGUAUCUUAGUAUCUUGCAUUCUUGCUUCUCAUAAUGUAUUGUGACACUGUGGUAGAAUAACAUCAACGGUUCUUUUGUGUUUGUGUUUGUGUUACGGCGGACAUGUUUUAAUCAGGAACACCAAAUGUAAUGUCAACAGAUCCGCAUUGGUUAAAGGGAGUAAUAGCUGUUGCAGUUGGCAUUGGAAUAACGGUUGGUUCAGUUGGGGUGGUUUUUAUAACACGACUACUAGAAAAAAAAGAAAAACUUUUAUUAAAACAGGAAGUUGAUGAAUUAAAUAUUGCAAUACUUGAUCUUCAAGCAGAAUUUAAAGCAUUAAAGAAAAAAAUUAUAAAACCAGGAAAAAGAUUAACCUUAUCUAGUAGUACUAGUGUAACAAGUGAAGCUAGUUUGUAUACAGCAUUAGGAACUGACGACGAAUUUCACGACAUGUCAUCAGAAAACGAAGAAUCCCCAAAUUCAAACAUUCUUAAUGAAAAUCCAGAUGGUAGUUUGUCUUCAGAACAUUUUAGCGACCAUUAUACUGGACCUUCUUUACUCAGUGAUGAUAUUUUUGAUCAAGUAGAUGAAUUAUUUGAAGGUUCCGAUGAAGAUAAACUUAAAGCUUAUGAAAUAUUAGUAAACCUUAAUGAAGAACGAACAGAUGAUAUUGAGGUACUUUGGAGGUUAGCAAAAUCAUGUCAAUUUGUAUCAAAAUAUUAUAUGGCAGCAAAAAAAAAUCCAGAAAAGAGCAAAUCUGUUAUUGAUGAAGGUUUAAAAUGGGCAAAGCAUGCUUUGGAAAUGUAUCCAGGUAAUUGCAAUGCACACAAAUGGUUUGCUAUUUGUAGUGGUGCUCGUGGUCAGUUAGGUACAACUAAAGAAAAAAUUGAAGGAGGUUACGUAUUCCAAAAUCAUAUAAAUGAAGCAAUAAAAAUAAAUUCUCGUGAUCCAACUUUAUAUUAUUUAAAAGGAAAACUUGAAUAUGAAGUUGCUGUCUUGUCAUCUUUUGACCGGCGUAUAGCCAGUUGGUUAUAUGGAGAAGUACCUAAAGGUACAAUACCAGAGGCUAUUGAAUUAUUUUUAAAAUUUCAACGUGAAUCUCCAAUUCAGCUAAAAGACUGUCACCUACAUCUUGCCAAGUGUUAUCUAGCAAAAAAUGAGUAUGAAACUGCUGUGCAUUGGUUAGAACAAACAUUGCAGCUUCCUGUCAAGGAUUCUGAGGACAAAGAAACAGAUAGUGAAGCCAAUCAACUUCUCAAGAAAUAUAUAAAAUAUAAAAAAGUUUAGGUCCAUUUUUAUUUUCUGAGAAUUUUUUUUCUUUUAUGGCCAAACUAUGUGAUUUUUAAAUUUUCAACUCUAUGUAUGUUUAUUUUAUUUAUUUUUU